GGACGACCUGAUUCCCUCGCGUCUCCCUCGGCGCUCGGGACCGUGCUCUGCGCACGGUGAGCGCCUGACGAACGCCGGCGUCGCCGGCGUCAGCACGGAAGGGAGAAGAGCUGAGCUGUCGUCUUUAGCGGAUAAACGCGUACACGGGGGAUCCGCAACGUGAGCGACUCGGUCGCGCCUGCACCUGUGCUUGUCUGAGGAUUUGUUUCCCCUGUAGCGCGGAGCUGGCGAGUGGGAACUUUGAAGGCCGUUCCUACUUCAGAUGCAGUGUAGCGGUAGGAGAGGUUCCGUGCGUCCCGGUUCCGUCAGGCGAGACUUCCGCGGUCCCCUUUGGAAACCGAGUUUCCUCCCAAGCUCGCGUCAAGAGAACUGACCUGGAUAAAGCUAAGACGUUUGUUGGAACUUGCCCAGACAUGUGUCCCGAGAAAGAGAGGUACAUGAGAGAAACCAGGAACCAACUGAGUAUUUUCGAAUUGAUCCCCGGAACCGACCAGGUAGACCAUUCGGCCGCGAUAAAGGAAUACAGCCGAUCUUCAGCGGAUCAGGAAGAACCUUUACCCCACGAGCUCCGGCCUUCUGGGGUGUUAAGUAUGACCAUGGACUAUUUAGUCACGCAGAUCAUGGACCAGAAGGAAGGCAGUUCACGCGACUGGUAUGAUUUCGUGUGGAACAGGACCCGCGGGAUAAGGAAGGACAUAACCCAGCAGCAUCUCUGCGAUCCUCUGACGGUGUCUUUAAUCGAGAAAUGCGCCCGGUUUCACAUCCACUGCGCUCACUGUAUGUGUGAGGAGCCCAUGUCUUCUUUCGACGCGAAGAUAAACAACGAGAACAUGACCAAGUGUCUCCAGAGCCUGAAGGAGAUGUACCAGGAUCUGGCCAACAGAGGAGUUUUUUGCAAAAGCGAAGCGGAAUUCAGAGGUUACAGCGUUCUGCUCAAUCUCAACAAGGGAGAUAUCCUGAGGGAAGUGCAACGGUUCCAGCCUUCGGUCCGAAACUCCCCGGAGGUGAAAUUCGCCGUCCAGGCGUUCGCCGCGUUGAACAGCAACAACUUUGUGAGGUUUUUCAAGCUGGUGCGGACGGCUUCCUAUCUGAACGCCUGUCUCUUACACUGUUACUUUAAUCAGAUUCGUAAAGAUGCUCUGAAAGCUCUCAGUAUUGCUUACACCGUGAGCCUUCAGAGAUCUACCGUCUUCCCCCUGGACAACUUGGUGCAGAUGUUACUGUUUAGGGAUUCUGAAGAAGCAACUGAUUUUUUAAGUUUCUAUGGCCUGAGUGUAUCCGACGGGUUCGUUGAGCUGAAUCGCUCGGCGUUCAUGGAACCCGAGGGAUUGUCGAAAGCCAAGAGAUCGACGUUUAUCACCCGGAAGCUGUCCGUGUCGGUUGGAGAAGUUGUGAACGGAGGGCCGCUACCCCCACUGACUCAGCACGUCCCCGUGUGCAGUUUCAGUAGCCAGAACAGAUACGUCGGAGAGAGCGCCGCGCCGGAGGCCGUCAGCAGCAGUCAGAAAGCCAGCUUGGAUGUAGCAGGUUCUCCUGCAGGAGGGAUGGGAGAAGAAAGAAGCUCGGGAUCGGAAGGGCUCGUGACGCGAGGCCCGCCUCAGCCCCAGCCCCAACCCGCCCCUCCGGCUCCGCUUCCCGCGGCCGCCCCCGUCCCACUGCCGGGGCUCUUGCGACACGGACCCGGCCCUUCGCCGCCCGCGCCACCCCUUCUCUUUCAGCCCGUCGCGCAACCCGAGCUUCCACCUCCUAAACCCCGACCCACUUACGCCGAUCUGGAUAUCGCCCAAGUCGCGGAGGAGCUCGUGGAAGAUGUUCUCAAAGAAGACUGUGAGGAAGUCGGCGGGACGGGAGCAGGUUACGCCGCUGCGGCUCUGUGUGUUUCCAGUGCUGUUGCGGAAGAACUGAUCUCAGAUGCCGUCGUGGACGUUCUGAGGCAGAUGACAGCCGAAGAAAUGAGCCAAGAGAGAGAAAGAAUCGAAGAAGAGAAGCGCAGGGCCGAAGAGGCACGGCGAAGACUAGAGCGAGAACUGGUUAUCACCCAGCUGAGCCAGGCCCUGGUUGAAGAUCUGACAGAAGUCAUAGUGAAGGAAUGUGUUAGAGAAACGUCCUCUAGGGAGUUGAAGUGUGCCGUAGAAAUAGACCAAAGAGCCCGCGUUGCCCGUUGCUCUGAAGACGUCUGUGUGCGCUUAAUGGAUUUGUUUCUGGAAGAUGAGAUUUUCCAGUCUGCCAAGGAGACUCUUCAGGAACUUCAGUGUUUCUGCAAGUACCUACAAAGAUGGAGGGAAGCGGUCGCGGCCCGGAAGAAACUGAAGCGGCAGAUGAGGGCCUUCCCGGCCGCUCCCUGUUGCGUGGAUCAGAACGACAGACUCAAAGCCUUGUCGCCCAGCGCAGAGUGUCCAAUCGCCGAAGAGAACCUUGCCAGGGGAAUCUUGGAUCUUGGAAAUGCAGGAAAACUAGGAGUCUACUGCACCAGAUUAAGGUGGCUGAGAAACAAGGCGAUUCACCAGAUGAAGGUUCAGUAUUUUUACCAGCAGUUAGUAAGCGAAGCGGCGUGGAGUCCGCUGAACCUGCCGUCGCUCAUCGCCGAACAUCAUCCCGGUCAGAAAGAGCAGGUGUUCUGGAAACUGGUUUUGGUGUUGCCGGAAAGCGAAGAGACUCCGUCGGGGUAUCCCAGCGGUAUUCUCUCAGACUGGUUGAAAGUCAAGUUCAUGGGAGAGGUCCCCAGCGGUGAGAGCUGCGGAGCUAAGGACAGGAUACAGACCCUGGCGCUAUUCAACUCCGUUGGCUACAGGGGCGAUCGGACGAUCUGCGUCAACGUGUGCGUCAAGGUGGCUCACGGCGCCCUCAGCGACUCGGCGCUUGAUGCAGCAGAAACUCAGAGGGAUCUUCUGGGAACCAGCGGCCUCAUCCUCCUGCUACCGCCAAGAAUCGGAAGCGAAGACUUCGCCGAAGAGGACGUCUACUGGCUCUCCGCUCUGCUGCAACUGAAGCAGCUCCUUCAGGCCAAGCCUUUCCGUCCCGUGGUUCCUCUGGUCGUUCUCGUUCCCAACCGAGGAGGAGACACCGGCGAGCGAGAGGUAGAAGAAGGGCUGAUGUUGCAGGACUUGGUUUCGGCUAAACUCAUUUCCGACUAUAUCAUCGUGGAGAUCCCGGAUUCUGUCAGCGAUUUACGAGGCACUAACAGGGUCUCCGCCUCGGUGAAGUGGCUGGUAGCUCACUGCCCCGGUUCCCUCGAACUCUGCUGCCGGACCCUCCUUCAGUUCGUCGAAGACGGCCUCAGCUUCGAAUUCAGCGAUCGAUUUUUCCACGAUAGGAGAGAGAGACGUUUGGCGGGCCUGCCCUCUCAGGAGCCCGGCGCCGUCAUCGAACUGUACAACAGCGUGCUGCAGUUUUUGGCCACCGUGGCCUCCUCGGAACGGCUGUGUGACCUGUCCUGGCCCGUGACCGAGUUCGCCGAACCCGGGGGCAGCGAGCUGCUCCCUCACCUCCGGUGGAACACGCCGGACCACCUGGCGUGGCUGAAGAAAGCCGUGCUGUCCUUCCAGAUCCCUCAGAUGGAUCUUCCUCCCCUGGGUGCUCCGUGGCGCCCCGUCUGUUCCAUGAUUUUCCAGUACGUUUCCCAGAUCCCGAGCUGUCGCCAGACUCAGCCGAUCCUGCAGUCGCAGGUGGAGAAUCUGCUGAGCAGGACCUACUCCGAGUGGAAGAGGAAGGUCCCGGCUUCCUCAGGAGAGUCCGGCCCUACAGUUGAGGAGAUCCCUUGGGACGAUGUCCUCGCUCUGUGCAUUAACCACAGACUGAGGGACUGGAAACCCCCUAAGCCGGCCGUUUCGUCAGAGGCCGUGAGUGAAGACGGUCAGAUUUGCGUCUAUUUUUUCAAAGAGCAUUUAAAAAAAUACCAACUCCCUUUGUCCUGGGAGCAAGCUAGGUUGCAAACGAAGAAGGAGAUUCAGCAGAGCCAAGGAAGUUUGGGAAUAAAGUCUCCCGAGUCUUCUGCCAGGAAAUGUGCCCCUUCACUGCUUCAGAUGCCAUUUAACGUGAUCAGAAAACCAGGAAAUGGCAAGGAGGGACGGAUCCCUAGCGCCGAGGAAUUAAUCCACACGGCCUCGGCUGAGGAGCUCCUCCCCGAGCGUCUCACGAGCGGUAUUCAGCUAGAAAAGGAAGAGAACAAAAGAUUCGAAGAUAAGCUGCAUCAGUGGCUGGCUGAAGAUUCUGUGCAGUUGGCGGACUCGACGGCUCUUCCUCUCUACCUUCCCCAAGCUCUGGUCUCGGUGCCUCAGGCUAUCCGGCCGCCGUCAGAAUCGCCCAGAACCAGUCCGCAGAACGCCGGUGCGGCGGAACGAAAACGGACGGCGGCACCGGACGAAGACCUGUCUCUGUCUGACAGACUGAAGCACUUAGAAAGGUUGAUUAAAAGUACCAAGGAAGAGGAAAUCGCUUGUGAACGCCAUCUCUCCACUCUGCUGGAUAUGGUGGAUAUAUAGGAAGCCGGAAGAUGAGAUGUUUUUCCCUAGAAGGGGCCGUUUAAUCGGGUAACUGUCAAAACCUCGUCUGUCGCGUACUCAAAUUAUGUUCACUUUUACCAACAGCCGAAAUUACAUUGUAAAUCAUGCAAAUAAAUAGAUUGGCUACACGGA